AUGACAAACGUCCUCUACAGGGCUACCAAGUACAUGAAUGCAGAAGAUGCGCUGCUGGCCCACGAGGAAAGGCCUAAGAAGAGGGAAAGGCAGGAAGACACAAGACAAGACAGGGGGCGAAAGGUCGCUAAAACCGGGGAUCAAAGUGAUGAAAAGCGCUCCAGACCACCCACUGGAAGGUUCACCAAUUUCACCCCGUUAACCGCCCUAAUCGACCAACUGAAGGGAGACCCCAACAAAAGACCAAGAGACAAGUAUUGCCGCUUUCACCGGGACCAUGGUCACGACACAACUAACUGCUACGACCUGAAGCAGCAAAUUGAGGCCCUAAUCAGGCAGGGGAAACUACAGAGGUUCGUCAGCAGGGAAAGAACUGAUACGCCAGAAGAACAGGCUCCACGAAGGGAGAACGACCGCCCUAGACCACCCAUAGGAGACAUACGAAUGAUCGUAGGGGGCACAACUGCAACCGGAUCUUCCAAGAAAGCCCGCAAGACCUACCUCAGGAUGGUCCAUAGCGUCCAACUCACAGGAUCAGUACCAAAGAUGCCGUGGAUAGAUAACCCCGUCAUAAACUUUUCAGAGGAUGACGCUCGGAGAAUUCACCAUCCUCAUGACGACGUGCUAGUAGUCAGCCUGCAGAUUGGGGAUUAUAAUAUGCACCGGGUCCUCGUCGACAACAGCAGCUCAACAGACAUCCUGUACUAUCCAACAUUCCAGCAGAUGAGGAUUGACAAGGAACGAUUGUCCCCAACGAAUGCCCUACUCGUAGGAUUUGGGGGUACGAAGGUCUUCCCUUUGGGCUCAAUAAUGCUAGCUGUGACGACAGGUGAUUAUCCUCAGCAGAUCACUAAGGAAAUGACAUUCCUCGUAGUCGACUGCUUGUCCGCUUACAAUGCCAUCCUCGGGCGACCCACUCUCAAUUCCUGGAAGGCGAUAACCUCUACAUACCACCUAAUGAUCAAAUUCCCGACGGAAUAUGGGGUAGGAGAACUGCAAGGGAAUCAAGUAGCAGCACGAGAAUGCUACAUAGCCAUGUUGGAGAUGGAGGAUCAGCAGCAGAAAAUGUGCAUCGGGAAACAGCGAGCAUUAGCAGAGCUGGUUGAAGAGCUAGAAGAAGUAAAACUUGACGACACACGGCCUGAAUGA